AUGGCUAUCACACUAGUAUACGACGACAACAUUUAUGUAAAGCUGACGAAGUAUUGCUUAGACGGUAGAAAUAAGUCUUAUCUUAGUACUUCUCAUCAGUGUGGAAUACGAUCUAGUGAUAUCGAAUUAAAAAUCGAUCGUUUGCAUCAAAAUACCUUGCCUCCUACAAUCGAAAGUAUUAAAAGUAUAUCAGGAGCACGAGAUGCUAUGGAAUUAGCAAUACAAAUUAAAACAGAUGAAUUAGGUUUCAUUAUUAACGUUAGCAGUAAAGAUUAUGAUAAUGUCCUAUAUAACGUUCUUGUAAAAGCGAUAACGACUAAGGCUAUUUUACAAUUAAUUGUUAUCGAUGGCUGUCUAAAUGUACGGAUGGUAAUGGCUGACGAAUUCGAAGCAAAAAUUGAAGUCCGAGCAAAAGAUCUACCUGAAGAUACAAUUAGUGAACAUUUACUAGAUUCCAUCCGUUGUGCUGUAAAAGAUGUUGUACUAAAUGCUGUACCAACAGUAAUUCUAAAAAAUCCACUUGUAACAAGUCCUCCAAUCAAUUCACAAUUUAAGUUUGAUCAACUGAAAAGUCGAAGAGAAUCACUACGGACGGUACCAGUAGAUGGGCGCAUAAUUAUAACAGUUAUUUCUGCGUGUGGGCUAAUUGCUAAACAUAAUCACGGUCAUAGCUGCCCUUAUUGCGUUAUUAAAAUGGAUUCUACUGUUUAUAGAACUAAAAUUGUGCGAUUAACAGCGGAUCCCGUAUUUAAUGAGCAUUUUGUCUUCGAGACAAAUAGCAAGAGUGGAGAUAUUACUUUUGAUAUGUAUAGCAGUGAUACGCUGGCAAAAGAUACUUUUCUUGGGCGCACAUCUGUAUCCUUAUUAGCAAUUCAAGCUUCAGAAGGUCAAAUGCAUGCAAAACUUCCAUUAUCUGGUUUAAAACCGAAUGAUAAUAUUACUGGUUAUUUAAAUGUUGAGUAUUCUUUUAAGCCUGUUGUUGCUGCUAAUGGUUCUGCUAUUCCGACGAAUAAGUUAGAAAUACCUCCCAGAAGUCGAAGAAAUUCGCAGUCAGAAGUUUCGAUUUGUUCAUCUUAUGGGGGUAUCCAGUUCGAUAUUACUGAUACGUCCACAAAGACUUUAGCCAAGUCUGAAAUUGAUAACGUUAGUGUCAAAAGUCAAGCUGAUACCGAUAAGAACAGCGUCGAUGAUCAAGAAAAGGAUAAAGAUAGACAUAAUGUAGAUUAUUCUCAGGGAAUUGGUUUUACCAUUCCUAAGGAUCGUAGUACUGGUAAUUUUUUGAAACGUGCAUUUUCAACUCGUAAGAAAAAAGUACGCGAUUCGACUGUAAAUAGUAACUCUAAUAUGUUGUCUAAGCCGAAUGAAGUUGUAGUCCCUGACAUGGGUCGACCCAUGAGCCAUACAUCCCUAGAUAAACUCAAUAAAGGUUCAAUAGCUUCUUCUGCAAAUAGCCAUGAUCAAGUUAGCGUUCUCUCUAACACAAGUUCGAUUAACAAAGCUAUGUCUAAACUUAGUUAUUCACCAAACGGGUAUUCAUCACUUGUGAUGGAAACAACAGAAAAUGACAGACCAAGAUCAUCGUGUAACAUUGAUAUUUUAGGCUUAAAAUUUGGUAGCUUAUGUUGGAUUUGA